CUCUUGUCAUCAAAACGAAAGCCAUUGUCUACGACCUGCUCUACUCAUCAAUCAUGGUUGACUUGCACACAUUGCCAGAGGGUUCGCGGCCCGAUACUGCCUUCCGUAACAACGGACCGGACAAUUUGGUUUUCGAGAGGUAUAAGCUACGAGAAUUGGCAGAGGGGUGGCCCUGUUACAGGUAAGCUCACCUUCAACCCCGCGCUAGACAUCACCAAAGAGAGCAAUCCACUGAUGAGCUGCCUCCUCCGUAGAGACUCUUGCGAGUGGGAGAAUCUCAAGUCCAUUUUUCAUCCCGAUGCGUACAUUUACACAUCCUGGACUGGCCGUACGCACUUCCAGGACUUCAUCAAAGCAUCCCAGGCCGGAAUGGACAAGGGCGUCUUUAUCAUGCACAGAAUCCACGGAUCAACGACGGAUAUCAACCCUGAGGCAACCCGAGCUGUCACGAAGAUGAAGGCUACUAUCACCCAGCGCUUCGAGUUCGAGGAUGGCAUAGAAGCCGAUGCUGAAUCUGACUGCCGCUUUGUAUUUUUCUGGUCAAAAGAUGAGCAGACGGGCAACUGGAGGGCGAACUACGUUAGACAUUUCUACGAGAAGGACAAGUUAAUCCCGGUGGAUCCUAACAGGAUACCCAAGAUCGAUGUCGAGGCAGCGAAGAAGUAUCCAAUUGGAUACCGUUACCUUGCGUACUGUCAAGAAAGGACGAUGGGUGUCAAGGUUAUCUUGGACUUACCCGGACAUCGUCGUGAGGCCGGUUCAACCGCCAACGGCGAGAAGCACGAUAUGCUCUAUAAGCAGAUCAAGGAAUGGAUGGACGGUCAGGAGGUUGACAUCUAGAUAGCCGUAUCAAGUGAACGUGUGACUGGUACUGAAUCAGAGAACACAUCAUCAAGCAAGUCCUCGUGCGAUGCCCUGCGGAAAAUGACGUCGCGGAAAUCGCCAGCGCAAAAUGCCAAGCUUCUUCGCGCGCGAGUCUGUCACGCGUUCGACUGUACGACACAAGACGUGUUGAACGCGAUGUCGAUGGACAUCGAGCGACGUAGCAACGGCGCCCAUCGUGCUGGGAUGUCUGGAGGG